AUGUGCAUGAUGAAUUUCACCAGCAACUUUUCAAUCACUUCACCCACACGACAGCAACGGCACUUUGGACCUGCCCUUCAAACUGCGGCUACAGAGAGGGUAUCAUCCAGCCCAACGACACACCGGGUUUCCCACACGUUGAGUGUCCAGGCUGCCAUGAUCACUUUUGUGCAAAUUGCAAAGUACCUUGGCACGACAGGCAGACGUGCCAACAAAGCAGAGCGUGUAGUUGCUCCUCCGGACUACGUGCCAGCGCCCGCGUACAGCGCAGCAGCCAUCUCCUUCAAAGGAUGGAGUCAGCUCCGCCAAGCGCAGGAAGAGCACAUCAACCGCAACCGCAUCGCAGACAAGCCCUUCGAUAUCGGCAACAAACACUCGCAGCAUGAGGAGGGCGUCUUCUACUACGAUUCCGACACCAAUCUGUGGACACCUAACAUCUGCGAGCUCGAUGAGGUUGCCGGCCGUGAGGCAGGACGACAUUUUGCUCGUGAAGAGUCUUGUGAUCGAGAUGGUCUAUGGGCAAUUGUUGUUGUAGAAGGUAAGCAGCAAGGCAGUGUCAGCCUGCAGAAAGCUCUCGCGUUGAAGCUGCAACCUCACACUCCGCAGCCAAUUCGUAUGCCAUCGGAGGUUGUUCAGAUGCUGGGUAACCUACCGCUAGUUGGGAAUGCAAAUGAAAUGGCUGAGCGUGCUCUUCACAAGAUCAUGAAGGCUAGUCUUGUAGAUGAUUCAGACCCUGCAGCGCUCGCGCUCGAAGCUAUAGACCGGUUCCUCGCCAGUCUCUCCACUCAAGAAGAACAGGACAAUGCUGAAGAACGUGGAGGCGACGAUGGUGAUCAAGAAGAAGGCGCGACUGGCCAGCCAAUUCGAAAUCCCUUCGCAGAUAUUUAGGGGCCGCC